AGUGCGCUUGCUCUGCUGCGCUCCGCUUUAAGUGAUGUAGUAUAAGCGGAACCCAGAGGAAGUUCUAGCAGACUGAAGACAUUCAAAGGUUUUAUCGAAGCGUUGACGGUUCAGUUUACUCGCACUAAGUGGAACAGCAACAGAGAGUACGUCUGUCUUAGCCCACAACAAAAGGCUUGUUACUUUGACUGUAUUACGUGUGGUGGCUAUAGCGAGAUAUGACCGCUAUAUCCGCUGAUGACCGACUGAUCGGCAACUGAAUAUUUUCUAUGCUGCAGCUUAGGAGACAGAUUCCGAGAAAAAACCUAAGGCUACAGUUUCUGUAGCAGGAUCAGUUGUGCUGGUGGUGUGCGUUGCAAACAGACGUACAGAGGGACGGGGUGGUGAAAUGAAGUGAGACGCAGCAGUGGCUGAGCGAGUGGUUGCUGGGUAUUUUCAGAGCAUGGCCGCGCCGCUGGCCGUGCGUGCGGUAUUUGUGUCCUCGUAAGUGAGGUGUAAUGAAAAACUGUCUCAGCCAUCUCUGCUGCUUUACCCGGCGUAAACACUCAAACCAACACAGUCUCGGUGUCUCGCCGGACAACGAAUACUUCCAUCUCAACGAAAUGGCGGUUGGAAGUAGCGAUCGAACGGCGGACGAACUCCACCAGACCCAGCAUCAUCCUUAUCAUCGUCAUCACAAUGAUCAGCAAGCGCCGUUCAAUAAUAGCCACCAACAUCAUCAUGGGGGCAGUGGUCAUUGGCCACAGCAGCAGCAGCAGCAGCAGCAGCAGCAGCAGCAGCAGCACCACCAACAGGAGUGUAGAAAGAGUCCGUCGUGUGUCAGCUUUUUCAGUGAAGACGAAAAAAAUCAUUUGGCUUUGGCCGCCCGCAAGGCGAAGGCUGAAACGCGGGACGGGGCUGCGGCUCUCUCAAAUAUUCUUUCGCAGGAGUUGGAUUCGAACGACGUAGCUCAAGCGAGGGGUAUCUACGAAGGACAGUUAUACAAGUAUACAAAUGUUGUAAAGGGCUACCAGUAUCGAUUCUUUGUGCUCAAUCGAGAGCUGGGCACACUUGAAUACUAUAUGCUCGAGGAUAUCAAGAAAACACGUCCAAGGGGAGCGAUGCACCUCGCGGGCGCCGUAAUCUCACCAUCGGAGGAAGAUGGGCAGAUGUUCACUAUAUCGGCGGCCUGUGGAGAAAUCUACAGACUGAGAGCACAAGACUCGAAAAAGCGCCAACUUUGGGUCAACCGGAUGCGCUCGGUAGCUGAGGCACACACCGACUCUAUCGGACUUAAACAUCCGCCGCUUCCAGUUGUUGGGGCAGGGGGCGGCAUUGGCGUUAAGGAUAAGGAAAACAGCAGGCCACAACCUCCCGGAGUACUACCAUGUCCUGGCGAGGCAUUUCAGUCACUGCAGCAAAAACUGGCUGAAGCAAACACGGCGUUUAGGGACCUUGCCAUUGCAAUCGAAACGUUACCAAAUGCUAUGCAAAUCAAACCACACGAUCAGGACCUAUUACUGUUAAAGGCCACCUCAACAGCGACUGUUGUGAGUUUGGAGCAGUGUUUUUCGUUGCUUGCCGAGCAGAGACACGGCCACCGAACGGCCCAGCAGGGAACGCCAGGCCACGGAAGUCGAAAAAACCACGGUCAUAAACAGCAUUCAAAGAAACUUAAGAAAAAACUUCGCGACUGGGCUCAUCAACCGUUCAGACCUGUAGUCCAACAGUCGACCUCGGCGGGGGAGUGUAAGGCAACCAUCUCAUCAGCUCACUCAUCUGCGGCUCUUCCCCACGUCACUAGUGAAAGCACAUUGGUCUCAAUGCAAACAGCGCGAAGUUCAGGAGGAGAAAUUUCGGACGAGGAGGUGGGAUCGCCUUUUGAUGGGCAAGGCCCUGCUCAAGUCCACCAAGGCCCUAUUCGCGAAACAGACAUCUUUCCAUCUACUGAAGAUAAGGAUGCGAUAUUGACACUACUGGGCCAACUGAAGCUUGGCACUGAUUUGACUCGUGUAUCUUUGCCCGUUUUUGUGCAAGAGCCGCGCUCACUGCUAGAGCUCUACGCGGAUCUUUUCUCGUAUGCGCCGCUUUUCGUUGCUAUUUCCGAUGGCAAAACAGAUGAGGAUCGCAUGCUGGCCUGCAUCCGUUGGCUUUUAUCAGCACUGUUCGCUACCAGACGAGGACUGGUGGCUCGCAAGCCGUUUAAUCCUGUAUUGGGGGAAUCUUUCCGGUGCUCGUUCAGGCUUCCACGCUCCGUUGAAGACAACGGAAACCCUCCGCCCAGGGUCACCUUUGUCGCCGAACAGGUCAGCCACCAUCCUCCGAAAAGCGCAAUCUACGUUGAGUGUAUCGAACGUGACAUGAAAUGCGAAGCAUCAUUGACCGUGAAAGCUUCAUUCAUGAACAUGUUCGUUGGCAUCGAAUUCCUCGGCUCCCUUGGCGUCGAACUGAUAAAUAUUAAUGAACGGUAUGUGGUCACACUGCCCCAAAUGGCAUGUCGUUCUCUGGUCUCACGUCCCUAUUUUGAAUUUAGCGGAAAAAUGAGGGUGCGUUGUUCGAAGACUGGCUGCUCUGCUACGAUCAGCUUUCCAUCAAAGCAGCUUGUUGUUGGCCCGGAAAAGAUCACUUCUUCCACUUCUGAGCUUCCUACGGCCCCGGACCCGCCAUUCCACGGCGCUAAAAUGCAUGGGGUUACUGUGGAAAUGCGCAACCGGGAGAACAAUAUUUGCCUUCGCGGACAGGGGCAUUGGAACGAGAGUGUGUCCUUUUCGAGGGAAGCCGGAGAUCUUCAACAUCACUUCGAAUUUAACAUUCGCUCAAAGGAACAGUGCUGUAAACGAGUGCGCCCUCUCGCCGAACAAGAUGCCAAUGAGUCUCGGCGAGUAUGGGCACACGUGUCACGGGCACUGCAGCAGGGCGAUUUCGAGGCGGCAUCAGGCUAUAAAUUCCAAUUAGAGGAGACCUAUCGGAAGAUGAAUCAAGGUGGCGACCAAAAUAAAGAUAAGGUUUCAGGAGGAAGCCGGCAUGAUAGGCAUAUGGCGAGCUCUCGAGCAUUCGAACCAAAACUUUUCCGCUUAGUUCGGCGUAUGGAAUCAAAUUCGUCUCUCUGUGAUUAUGAAUACAAGCACGCCCUGCAACAACAGCAGCAGCCGCCGAUCCAACAACAGCAAUCGAGUCCACAAUAGGACUAUUUCUUCGUUGUGGCAGUGAACGAACGUUACGACCGUAUAUAUGUAUACUUGAGCACUGAAGGAAGUCUGCACCUAAGGGCAAAAAACGUAUAUACUGAGUAUCAAGGAACAGAUCCGCAGUAAAUGAGGUGGAUGAAGAAGAUACACUGCACGAAUAGGCUGUGUUUUAUGAGACUGUACGGGUUGUAAAAUAACAAAUCGUCGGAGUUCUUAUGAAUCGAACACGAUGGGUGCACGUAAUGUAUCGGUCAGUGUAGGGGGGCGAGACAUAUUACUAAAUUCAGCUGUAUUUUCGUGUGCGGUAGUGGUGGCAAAUAGUCGUCUAUAAAAUGCUGAUUAAAUAAGGCAGCUGCAUAUACUGUUUUGAAAUAAAUGGCUGUUUCCUUUACUCUACCUCUACCAGUUCCGUCGUGCGUUUGCUUCGCCGAGAUGAGACCCCCGAUUACAAAGAUGUUUCGAUGAGCGACGAUGUGGCGGCGGGCUAUCGUCAGCUUAGGCUAUCUGUCCUUAGACGGAAAGAGUAUCCCUAAAAAGAAAAAGUACAGUGAAGGUCAUUUGAGUGGCUCGCAUCAAAACAGAGCCCGGAGCAACUUUUAUUGUAGCAAUAUUAUAUAACAAUAAUUACAACGGGAGUAAUAUCAAUAAUAUGGGGCGCAAUAUCAAAAUAUUCAUUGCAAAAUGAAUGUGACUCUGAGUCUGACGGUUUUCAGAACUUAUCUCUAUCUAAGCGGGAUAACUGUGAAUAGAGGCGCCAAUAGCCACGACUGGUCAUGACGGGGGCUAGUAUAAUGUGGAUUCAGGUACGUCAGUGUUCGGGUUGGACAGGAAAUGCACGAUGCACGUAAGAAGAAAAUCGUUACCAACAACUGACGAGAUCGAAGGCUAACACUCGCCAGCCGAUCGAACUGGAUCAUAGUGAUGAUCGUGUUUACUUAAAAGCUUCUAACAACGCAGCCUUGAGCGUAUCGCUGUUUGCUAUGCGAUACGUCGACGCCUUCGUUAUAGGUACCGGUAACUGUAGAAUUAAAAUUUUUCCUCAAUGGUUGCCAUAAAUUGCACCGCUUAACCUAGAAUUGAACGUAAAAGAUAACCCAAAGUGCUCUAGCUUAACAAAUGUCGAGGUUAUGUGUAUUAAAUUCCUGUAAUUAUAUAAUUCUGUAUUUUGCCAGCAUGCGCCUUCAUGACAUCGACAUGGCAUAGAUUUUUUCGAGUUGCCGUUAAAAAAUAAUAAUGUUAUAUAUUCAUCCAUGGUCUAUAUCAGUGCUGAUCUCGUGCGUUCGUUGACAGUUACCGACCUCAGUCAGCCUGCGUAGCCUAUCAUCGCUGAAUGGUGAUGCAGUGAGCUGAAAAUAACGAGCCUUGUAUAGGUGUUUCACAUUGGCAACAAGUAAUGACCACCUGUAAGAUGGCCAGUUACUUCGCUGUGGGCUCCAAGAUAAAUGGAGUCUCGUCCCUUUGCCAGGUUCACGCAGGUUGAAAGUUUUUUGUUUGUUGUUUACAUCGAAUUACGAUAUUUUCGAUAGUACCCACAUCGGAUCUGAAAUUUUUUGGAGUGAGCUUGUUCUCAACAACAAAUAAUAUAAUAUUCCGCCCACAACCCGCAGUUAUAUUCAAUUGAAUGUGAUCGCCGUAAUUAUGUGCUACGGGUGUUGGCAAAAAAGAAACAUUAAGUAAUUUCCCAUUAAUUAUGAAAUUAUAAAUCCUGCCAGCUCCCUGGUAGUCAAUUUUCAAUAGCGCAGUAUGAACAAUGUAAUAUUGGCAGAGUCUGAAAGGUUAUGUUACAGACGGAAAUAAGAAAUGUCGCGUGAACUCCGUACGCUCUAGUCCUCACGUGUGUGCUAGUGCCUUUGUCUGAUCUGUGUCUUUUAUGAUCAUCUAGAAGUUCUCGUGUUUCUCAUAUGUUGUCGAUGAGGCCGCACCCGUGAGGAGUGUACGUGAACACCAUUUAAAUUUUCUCGUCACCCAUAGAUGACACGGAAAUAUACGCAUCGCUGCGUUGAGAUACCAAUAAGUUAUCUUAAAUACAACUCCCAUAAACGAUGGUACAAAUGUAAGUUAAAUAGAACACUUCUUUUUGUUAAAACCCUAGAAAUGAAGUAACAUUACACUAGUUCUAAGGGAAUAUGCGUGUGGCAUAUAAUGGCUAUGCGAUAUGCGCAAGCGGCUAACGCUCAAUCAAGUGUGUGAGUGAGCGUAGGACAAUAACAAGGAUAAUGUAACGUAUUCUUUGGUAGACAGGUGGAUUUUUCUGCAAAACUGGGCCUAUCGCGUACUGUUCUACAUUCAUAUAUAUAUAUAUAUAUAUAUAUAUAUAUAUGGAUUGCAAA